AUGAUUCAAGAUCCUUUUCAAACUCCGAAAAACUAUAACAAUAGUAAUGAGUCAAACGCGUUUGCUCGACCACAAACACUAUUAUCACGUCAAGAACCACCACAACAACAAUUAAGUCAUCCACCAACAAUUCUGUCACUGAAUCCGUCACCGUCUUUUAACUCGCGGCAAAUUCUGCAGUAUCCACCUCCAUCCUCCUCUUCUGCCUCUCCUUCGUUAACUUCACUCGUUGUUGCAUUACCACAUUCACCACCACCACAGCAGCAACCCUUGUUAUCAUUCGAGGAAAUACAAGAGGCCUUUAAGCGCGUGAUUGAUUUUGCUAAGCGUGAUGAAAUGUUUGACGCAUUUAAUUUGCUCUCUAGUAUCACAUCUAAUGUGGUGACUAAUUGCGAGCGAUUCGGAUUAACAUCAGAUGAAAGUUUUUCAAUCGAUCGAGAGGGAUUCUGGAAAAAAUUGAACGACUGUUGGUUAUAUGCAAUAUCGCAAGUAAACAAAAACUAUUCAAAACAUCACCAACAACAAUCACAAUCUUUGCCAUCUCAAGAACAACAACAGCAGCCACCACAGCGUAUCGGAAAAGAAUAUUUAUAUAAACUCCGUGAAUCCGUGGUAUCUUGGGCGGACGUAUUGGAAAGAUAUGGAUUAGUGGAUUAUGAGAUGGGUUAUUGGGAGCAAGCCUUUCUUGAUGCUAUUGAUUCACAAAUUAAUCUCUUGUCACUUCAUAACAUCAGUGACGAUAUUCACAACAACACACCAACUCGUCAUACAUCAUCAACUCACAAUGAUUCUAACGUGUUUCAUCGACAACAACAGCAACAAAGAGUUUCUAAUACUACGGCAAUGGACGUUAAAUUCCACGGAAAUACUGGAUUUGCUUCGUCGUCUUGA